AUGGCAUCUUCAGCAUUUGAUGAGCAGGCGGUUCGGGCCCAGUUCCCCGCCCUUGCACAGAAGCAGGUUUUCAUGGACAAUGCUGGUGGUGCUCAAGUUCUGCAGUCGGUGAUCACGGCCAUCACCGAUUAUCUCACCAAAACAAACGUCCAGCUUGGGGCUUCAUACCCAGUUUCUCAGACUUCCACAAGCAAGUUCGAUGACGGAUACAUCGCAGCGGCAAGAUAUGUCAAUGCGAGCCCCAAAGACAUCGUGUUCGGCGCAUCCACAACCCAGCUGUUCCGCAACCUGGCCACCGCAUUGAAGGUUGAGCCUGACUCAGAGUUUGUCUUAUCAAAGCUUGAUCAUGAAGCCAAUAUAGCUGCAUGGGUUCAGGUGGCGAAGUGGAAGGGCAUCACCGUAAAGUGGUGGGUUCCAUCUAAGAACACAAACUCCAACCCAAAGUUGGAGCCCGACGACUUGAAGAAAUUACUCAGUCCAAAGACAAGGCUAGUCGCCUGCACACACACUUCGAAUAUCCUCGGCACAGUUACUGACGUGGCAGCUUUGUCUAAGGUGAUUCGUGAGAACAACCCUGAUACUUUGUUCGCGGUGGACGCUGUAGCAUAUGCGCCUCAUGCCGCGGUCGAUGUCAAGGCCUUCGGCGUAGACUUCUACUCUUUCUCCUGGUACAAAGUGUACGGCCCCCAUAUUGCGCUGGCGUAUGUUAGUGAGAGGGGGCAGAAGGCGAUAGAAAGCCUAGGUCAUUAUUUCAAACACGGUGACACACUGGAGGAACUUCUAGGCCUGGCUGCUGGGAAUUACGAAUCGGUCCAGUCCGUCCCCCACAUCGUCUCUUAUCUCGAUCAAGUCGGCUGGGAUACAAUCCAUGUCCAAGAAGAGAGGAUCCAGGAGGUCUUGCUCGCUUACCUGCGCUCGAAGCCUGGUCAGAUCAAGAUAUAUGGCGAGCCAUCGUCGGACAGGAAUCUCCGUGUACCUGUGAUUAGCUUCAGGGUCAAAGGGAGGAGCUCAUUUGGGAUUACUGAUGCAAUCGAGGCAAGAUCGCCGUACGGUUGUCGCGCUGGGCACUUCUACAGCAAGCGGUUGAUUGAAGAGGUCCUGGGAGUACCUGAUCCUGACGAUGGGAUAGUGAGAUGCUCUCUGCUCCAUUACAACACCGUUGAGGAAGUUGAAGGACUGGUCAAGGUCCUGGAUCGGGUUAUCAAAGAAGGAGAAGGGAAGCAAGCUGUGGAUCCAGACAAGAAGGAUGUUUCGAACUGGUAA